UGUAUUCACGCAAGUACGCUUGACCUUUACUACUAACCUGUGUGACUGGCAUAUUAUUCUUUCAUUAUGGGGGGUUGUAUGUCAAGAAAAGAGAUCCCUGAUGAAAUUUAUAGAUAUUGGUCUGCUGUAGCAUCUUCUCUUCGCCUCGGCUGGCUUGGAACGAAUAACGUGAGGACGGAGAUGAAAGCGUGCCAACUUGCUCUUUUCCCUAAUCUGUUGAACUCCUCAGCUGUAGAAGAAGAUAUACUUGGCCUGGAGGAACAUCUACGAGAGGGUGCUGAUGUCUCAAGUGGUGAUGAGCGCGGUCGGACGCCUCUUCAUGUGGCAGCAGGAGAAGGCCAUUUAAACGCUGUUCGCUUCUUGCUGCAGCAGGGAGCAGAUGUGAAUGCCACUGACUGUUAUGAAGAAACUCCACUUCGAGAUGCCAUACGCUGCAAGAGUUUGGAGGUGGUGGAGCUGUUAAUUUCUGCAGGGGCACGUUUGGAAAAAUCCUCAGAGGAACUUGGGGUUGAGAUGUGCUGUCUUGCAUUCCUUGGAGACACAGAACAGAUGGUGGCGUGGAAGAAGGCUGGAGUCAGUUUUAAUGUUUCUGAUGCUCACGGUCGAACUCCCUUACAUGUGGCGGUGUGUACCGAUCAACCUGAAAUGGUAAAGUUCUGUAUCCGCAAUGGAUCCGAUCUUGAGCAAAGAGACAGGUUCAACAACAGGCCUAUAGAUGAUGCUCAGAGACUAGGCUUACAACACAUGGUGGAGCUGUUGAGUUAUUAGGCUCUGGCUGAACCAGGCCACAGAUGGCAGGAAGCCCAGAAGGAACAGCAGGUGUCUGUACUUUUAAGAGAGUUCAAAGUUUAAAGUUCUUUGUCGUUAGUUUUUUCCAGAUCAUAAAACUUUU